CAAGAACCAGUCAACCUCAACCUCAACCUCAACCUCAACUUCAACCUCAACCUCAACCUCAAAUAACCGAACAACCGAAGAAAUAAUCCAGAUGAACAAGAAAAGACUAUCAAGAGUCAACCAGCAAGACUUACAGAUCAUCAUCUCACCAGCAAACACAAUCAAUCGAUCAUCAGCACAACUAUCAGCAACUCACUCAACCUCCUCAACCAGCUCAUCAUCUGAUAACGACCUCUACGAAAACUCACUCAGCUCACCCAUCUUCAAUAAGAACCAACAACACGACCAAUCCAAACAGAACAGCAGAUCAUCACUCCAUCCUGAUACCAUCAAACUCAUACCAACCUCAAACCAACAGCAGAACCUCAACCCUGCCCCCUCUGCUUCCUCCUCUGAUGAUCAAUCAACCUCAAACCAUCAUUUCAAUCAGCUAGAAUGGCAAGAAGAAGACUCAAUCGAUGGACAGCAACAGGUCGACCUGGAAAACCAUUUGAAUCAGACUAGCCUCGAAGAAGGAGAAGAAGACGAGGAAGAAGAUGAUGACUCACAACAUGAUGAGCCUUCACACUGGAAGCAACCCUACCAACGAAAUCGAUCGGAGGAUGAAACAGAAGAGGAGGAAGAUGAUGAGGAUGAUGGUGAUCGAGGUGGUAGAGGAGGUAAUGGGAGUGAAGAUGGGGAGAGAGAGCCGCUGGUACAGCAUUACCAAAACGAACCGAGGAGUGAAGGCUCAUACUCCUCCUCCGAUAACCCCAGGAUCGAAUCCUACACUCGUCCUUCUAAGUCUCGUCAGAGGCGGAAGGUAUAUGGUGGCGGAAGACUCGAUUGGGGUGGCGAACUAGAGAUUUGGGAAGUUGGCUUAGGAGUGGCCAGUAACAUACUUUCUCCUGCACCACUCUUCAUUCCCCAUGCGUUCCUCUUAUUAGGACUCCCUAUAGGCUUGCCGGUGUUAUUCUUGAUUGGCUUUGUGGCUUGGUUCUCCCAGGUGGUCCUAGUGGUAUGCGGCCGAUAUGUUGGGGGGCGGACGUAUGCGCAGGUAGCAUCAGCGGUCUUACCGGAUAGACUCAAAGGCUGUAACAUCUGGUUCGGCGAGACGGUCGUCGAGCUCUGUCGGGUCUUUGUAGCUGGCGGAAGAGGGAUGGUGAAUAUGAUGAUGGUCUCGGACCUGUUCUCGCAGCUGACCCGACAGUACACACCCAAGGCCGCGAUACUCUACUCCCGGGUGUUCAUCAUCGCUUUUGUCGGGCUCGUCUCACUGUUGCCCAAUUUCGUCCGUCCCCGUCGACCACUUUUCCUUCCGGCGCUCUUCCCCACCUUGUCUCGACUCCCGCUCUUUCUCACUGCACUUUGGCCGAUCGCCAUCGGAAUCAUCGGCUUCAGACUGCGCCAGCUCAACCGCGAGCUCGGCCGCAAACUCCCUCCGACGGGUGAAGGUGACGUCUACAGCGAGAUCAUGGGCGGUACCGUCUGGGGUGGCUUCUCCAUCCUACUCUUCUGUCUAUCCACUCCGCAACAUACCUUCAAGCAUCUACGCUCACUCAAGCGCAUCAAUAAGCCCCCCGGAAACACCACCCAUCCUAUGAAGCCGCUCGUCAACCACACGACCGAAGACGGCUCAGCCACACCGGUUGCCGAUCCGUUGUUUGCCGGCACAAGUCGCUCCUCAAUCUUCUCGAGCUACACCAUUCGACGGUAUUCGUGGGAAUCAGCCGCCCUCCUAGGGGUCUCCUACUCAACGUUGAUCUGUCUCGGUUGGGGAUUAGUGGGAUAUCUGGGGAUGUCGCAUGGAGGAUAUGAAGUCAAUUUUCUGGCAUCCUUACCAUCAAACGACCCGUGGAUCUCGAGCUCGCGGGUUCUGUUGCUGUUAGUCCUGAUUCCUUCGAUCCCUCUAUCGUUACGACCGGCGACGACGGCGCUGUUCCAUCUCCUACGGAUCCCCGGGGUCAUUCACACGGCCUCGUCCCGACGGAAGAAGCUACGGAAACGAGGAGGUCGAACGGGGAGGGGGAUGGAGGCGGAGUGGGAUGACGAGGACGAAGACGAGCCGCUGGCGGGGGCGAAGGUCUGGAUGGCCCGUCUGGUGACCAGUGCGAUCUGGCUCGCGGUAGCUGUCGGAGCCAUCCGACUUGGAGGCAGUAACGGCGGUGAAGGCUCGACAAUCGAGGUCCUGGGGUGCGUCGGCUCCACGAUCAUUGCUGGCCUCCUACCCGCCGCUUUCUGGAUCGUCCUCUUCCACAUCCGCAAGGCCCGUCCAAUCCUUAACAUCAAUCCCUCCCAGCCACCUUCCCCUACAAGCGCCCUUUCCCGGUCCAAUCCAGUCCGGCCAGGCGCUCGCUCCCGGGUCUCCACAAACCAACAAUUCCCUGACUCUUCUAGACAGACAGGACCUGAUCAAUUACUGAUCAUUAAGGAGGCUCAGUUACAGAAACGACUCUCUGGUAGAAGAAUCUGGCAGGAUAUAGGGAUCUUUGGGAUCCUGAUUCCAUUCUGUUCUGUUGUCCUACUCAAAGGUCUCAUCGCCGUCUCCCAUGAAACCGGUCCUCCUCCUCCCUUCUGAUCUCACCUUCCAGCUUCAUUUUCUUCUCUCGAGUUAGUUUUUUUGCAUCUCUCUAUCAGCUUUAUAUAUGUUUCUUUUGCCUGCUACAAAAUAGACACUUCGAAAUUUCGCUUUGCUCUCCCCUAAAUAUCACUUAAAAUCAGAUCUUCUCUAUUUAUUUGUUAUUUUCAUCAUUAUGAUGUACCAUAUUUAUUUAUUUAUCCUAUUAAAGUGCCAAUCCAAUCAAUCUCCAAUACACUUACCAUCGUCUUCUCAUCUCUUUCUCUUUCAUCCAUAGAUACAAUUAUCUUCUG